UCUAACCCUUACAGUACCACCUCUGGAACUCUUUCUACCACAUCUAGACCAUAUUCUACCACAUCUACUCCUCUGAGUACAACUUCUGCCCCUACCACUAUGACAGCCAGUCCCCUCUCAACUACUGCAUUUACCACUUUGAGCACCACUAUACCUACAACUACAGAAACGGCUACCACAGCCACUCUCCCUCCUGCCACAACAUCCGGUGAAUCAACUACCACAACAACUCCUUCGACAACAACUCAACCCCAAACUACAAUUCCACCAACAACCAGUGUCCCCACAACAACGGCAGUCCCCACAACAUCAGCUCCUCUCUCUGCUACAUCUACGGCUCCUAGUUCCACACCUGGCAUUUUCACCACAUCUGAACCUCCCACUUCCACAUCUGACCCUGACAGUACACCAUCUGGAACUCUUUCUACCACAUCUGGCCCUCUCACUACCACAUCUGGCCCUCUCACUACCACAUCUGUCCCACUGUCUACCACAUCUGACUCUUACAGUACAACAUCUGGCUCUCUUUCCACCACAUCUGGCUCUCUUUCCACCACAUCUGGAACUCUUUCUACCACAUCUGGCUCUCUUUCCACCACAUCUGGAACUCUUUCUACCACAUCUGGAACUCUUUCUACCACAUCUGGCCCUCUCACUACAACAUCUAGAACUCAUUCUACCACAUCUGGAACUCUUCCUACAACAUCUAACCCUUACAGUACCACAUCUACUCCUCUGAGUACAACUUCUGCCCCUACCACUAUGACAGCCAGUCCCCUCUCAACUACUGCAUUUACCACUUUGAGCACCACUAUACCUACAACUACAGAAACGGCUACCACAGCCACUCUCCCUCCUACCACAACAUCCGGUGAAUCAACUACCACAACAACUCCUUCGACAACAACUCAACCCCAAACUACAAUUCCACCAACAACCAGUGUCCCCACAACAACGGCAGUCCCCACAACAAUGGCAGUCCCGACAACAACCACGGUCCCCACAACAACCACUGUCCCCACAACAACCACUGUCCCCACAACAACCACUGUCCCCACAACAACCACGGUCCCCACAACAACCACCAAAGCUACUACCACUACAACAACCACAACCACAACUACAAAGAAAGAAGAAGAAGAAGAAGAAGAAGAAGAAGAAGAAGAAGAAGAAGAAGAAGAAGAAGAAGAAGAAGAAGGCAGCGAGCAGGAAAUAAUUGAACAAAGUCCAAAUGGAGAAGUUCUAGUACCAAGUAUUCCCAUUGCAGGAGUUGGAGCUGGUUUAGCAGGUUUAUUUGGUUUAAUUGGAGGGACAUUUGGAGGACUGGCAACCAUUUUUUCAGCUUUCGGAUUUGCAAAUCAGGAUACAAAGGUCACUCAGACCAGUUGGCCUCCUGGUGCCACGGCUCCUGAAAGUGCCACUAUUCCUCAUCAAAUCAACGAGCCUCCUAUUGCCGAGACUGUUCUUAAACCUACCACAACUCCCGCGUCUGGGAUGAGUCCUGCAAUUCCACCUGAGGAUCUCGAUACUGUUCCAGCCACUACUGUCUCUGCUACCAUGACCACAAGUCCUCUACGUGUAAUGUCAGCUUAUCCAACUCCUAAAACUUCUAGCGUUCCCAAAGAAGCCAUUACCAUUCACGGCCCAACUUCUACCCAACAAUCAUCUACCAUUGCACCGACCCUGGCAAAGCUAGAGACUACACUGCCUCAAACAACAUGGAUCCCAGUACCUGCUGCACCUGUCACACCAACCCCCUCCGUCAUUGCUGCCACAGCGACAACUCAAACAGCUAUUGUUUCUGAGGAAAGCCCCUCCGCCAAUCUUUCUUUAGAUACUUCUACUGUUUCUGCAAUGCCUCAAAGUGCCACCCCCACCCUCAGUGGCAUUACUGUCACUUCAUACUCAACGAAACCUCAUCGUACUUCAGCAGCAGCCGCUACUACCCUUGCAGAAAGGACUACGGAGCCGUUAACGCCUCAGAGCAGUUCCACUGUUGUUCCUUCCAGCGACAAUGUUACUCUUUCAAAUCCCACUUUCAGAUAUUCUCCAAAUCAAACGAGCAGUGUUACCUUUCAAACCACAGAUGCAUCUAGUCCAUCAUUCAGUGAUCCUCGGUCAAACCCCACUUCGACUUCAGCGGCUUAUCGCAUCAUCUCCACUCAUCGCCCGCCUUCCUCUUCAGCUCCUCCUCAAACCUCAAGCCCUCAGACGAUGAUCAACCCUCCUCUUCCUCUUUCAAAUACCUCCACCUUGUGUCCACCUCUGACACAAGUAUAUAUUUCUCACUAUUACCAGAAUGUCUUUGCAUACUACCAGGUGCUAUCCCAAUACCAGAGCGACAACUAGCAGGUGUUUUGCACCAAGACGUUGAGAUUAGUCCCUCCUAAAACUCGUGUUAGGGCUAACUGCUGAGCUGCUGUGCUUUUAUUUUGAAAUAACAGUCCUUCAGUUUAUGGACUUCCUUUGAAUAGAUUUAAUUACCAUUUCCUUCAUCCUCAAUGUGUGUUUGUGUCUGUUUGCAUCUUGCAGAAUAAACUUGCCUUGCAUCAAAACAAGUGCACAUUGUAGUCACUAUGAAAGAGAAACACUGGGCACAUGGAGAGUUUAGAGCCUGUGAAUGUAUUACAUCAGAGUAAAGGUGAGGGGGGAAAACAGACCACCAGUCUCCAGAAGUUUUUCACAAAACACAUCUUUAUUCCACAUCUUUAACAGCGUCUUAGUUAAGCAAAAAGUCCAAAU